CUCCAUCUGGUGCCAAGACAGAGGGUGAUGCCGACAGUGCUCACAAACCGGUGAGAAGCGGCAGGAGAAGUGGAAAGCCUGGAUCGCGGGGAGAUGGGUCUGCAGAAAUUAGUUCACCAAAAGGUUCUUUGCCUUCCUCUUGUUUGGUUUGUGUGCCAUGUAAGUCACACUCGUCCUCCUGAGCACAGAGAUAUUAAAGGCUUUUGUAGCAUUCGCACUAUCGCAAUCACUAUCCCUCGAGUACCUAUUCUGUCAUUCAACAGCUCCACACCUCUGGUUGCCGCUACUGGGAACUACCACGCCUCGAUACCUACUGAAUUCUCUCGGUACCCAGCCGAUUUCUCCUUUCCGUUGUACGCAGGUAUCCAAGUUGAUACCACCGCCAAUAUUAUUCCCCUUAGCUUUGACUACGCAAGUGUGGGACUCGGCAUGGUUUAUUUUGGAAAAGACACCCUCCGCGCCAAGUCAUCCAAAUAUCCAUGUCCCACUUAACUUCUCUUAUGUUGCAUCAAACGACUCGGAUCCGAUGUGGAAACGACUGGCAUAAUGCCUGCAAUAAUCCCGGGUUUUAUACU